AUGACCUUAUAUCAAUUAUUCAUAACAUGUAACGAUCCAGAGAUUAGAACUUGUGGUAAUGCGAGAAUACUCAUUGGUGCAGGAGACAAUACUGUAGGCGCUAAGGCUAAUCUAUCCUGCUCGAAUGGAUAUACCCUAUGGGGGAAUGAUUCUAUUGAAUGUUUAGCCUCGGGGCAGUGGAGUCAGCAAAAUGCAUAUUGUAUUCCUGUUGGCAUAGGAGAGCCAAAUAUCCAGUCCUUCGAUGGGUCUUUAUACUUAUUUAACAAUUUUACUAAGAGUAAUUAUAGUCAAGCAAAGGAAUACUGUACCAAUAUUUGUUCAACACUCAUCGAAAUAAACAACCAAGAGGAAGACCAGUUCCUUUUAGAGACUAUGAAUAACUUAGAAAUAGAUUCUUUGUGGAUAGGAUUAGAGUCGGUGAAUGGUGGGAGUUAUAGUUGGCCCUCAGGUAACACAACACAGACAAACCAGUAUGAAAACUGGGCAGACCUUGUACCAUCAAGCUUUAUAGAUAACCCCGCAGCAGGAACUUGUGUACAGGCAUUCCCGUUUUAUGAGUUUUGGUUACCAAACCUUGAAAUCUCAUGUGAUACAAAAUUAGAGGACUUCGUCUGUGAAUUGAGGUUCAACUGA